UUGCGGAUAUGGCUAUAAAAACACAUCGAUGCAUUUUAGCAAAGAACAGCAAAGUAUUCCGAAAAAUGUUUGAGCAGACGGAUAUGAUUGAGGGAGUGACUAGAGAAGUCACAAUUCCUGACUUCAAACCAGAACCUGUUCAUGCAAUGUUGGAAUUUUUCUAUACUGGCGAAAUAAACAAAAAUUUGUUGGGAAAGCAUGUUGAGGAUAUUUUUGCUAUUGCACAUAAAUAUCAAGUUUUGCAUGAAUGCGAGGUGUUUAUGACUAACUUGAUUGGUAAGAGAUAG